AUGUCCCCAGUCGCUCUUUCUACCCUACUCACCGUCGCCGCCGCCGCGUCAGGGGCCGUCGCCCAGUAUACCUCCUUCACUUCCAUCCCACUCGUCAACAAGCAGUAUGCUUACCCCACCGGGAUUCCCUACCAAGUCGAGCCGACUGGCGAUAUUCGUGGCAACCAGGUCGGAUACAAUGUCUGUAACUCCACCACGCAAAACCAGGAGUCCAUGUGUCAGACCUUAAUGGUUAACUCCAUCGACAACUUCUGUCUCUGGUCGUCUCCGAAACCCGGCGAGACCAUCGCCGACACGGAAGCUGAGGAAGUCGCCUGGUGCACGAACAAGGGAUACGGUACCCGCAUGGUUCCCGAGGGCACUCUCCACGGUGUCUCUGUCUUCAACACCCCGGAUUACACCAUGUUCAUCGCGUACCUCGACCAGAGCCAGAUCAACCUGCUCGCGAACGACUCUGGAGGAGAGCUUGAUCCACACGGUGCUGAUCUGCUGGGUAACCCCAUGGGUGCUCUGGUGUACUCCAACGCCUUCCCUCGUGGGAACACCAACAACGAUUCCUAUACCCAGGUCGUGGAAUGGGUCCAGUUCAUUGGUAACGGCGAGAUGUGUAUCAAGAUUUGCAACCCAACUACUGCUACGGCCGACAACGUCGGUCUGUGCAACAACAUCUACGACGAGAUUGGCAUCGACUACAACUGCCCGAACCCCGCGAAGAACGGCACAUUUGUCGUCUGCGAUGCCGACUCUAUGAAUCCCGUUGGCGUAUACACAUCAAACGGCCAGACGUUGACGUACACCCAGCCUGCCUCCGGCGUUGUUACCUCCAUGCCCUACACCCCCACCGUCCCUGCCACGUCCAACUGCAAGACCUACCAGUCCACCGACCUCUAUACCCAGCUCGUCGCCGCGACCCCGACCGGCUCCGGUUCCAGCACGGGCACUGCAUCUGGUCAUAGCGCGACUGGCACGGCCAGCGGCUCGAAGGCCUCUGGCACAGCCGGGGCGUCCUCGUCGGCCGGUGCGUCGUCAGCCAACGGCGCGAACGCACUCCACAUCUCUGCGGUUGCGUCUAUCGCCGGCGUGCUCUUCGCUGGCUACUUCCUCUCGUAA